AUGGACCCUCCCGCAAGCGAGAGCCAUCUACGAAGAGCAGCGCAGUCAGCGCCAGUUUGGCGGCCAAAUCAUCUUCGCCCGAGGAACAGGUCAGAUCAGAGCCAGCAGGCCACCAGCCAGCCGAGGGUGCCCGGCAGGCCGAGCGAGGCGCAGGAGGGCAAGCGGCAGAAGACCGGCCUGAACGUGUCGAGCUUGGUCGGGGCCAACCCCCGAGCUCCGGGUCACCCGAUCCUGGGCCUGCUGGAGCUCAAGGAGGCCGAGCGCGAGAAGGAGCUGAAGUUGCAGCAGAGGCGAGCCGCGAGGCGACUGGCCACCCACGGGGAGCUGCGGGACACGACAAAAGGCCCCGGUAUCACCGAGGAGGCCUCGCUGACGCUGAAGACCCGAGGUCAGUACAAGCGACUGCUCUCGGAUUUCCAGACGAAGCAGAAUGUCGUGGACCUCAGCCUGCACCCGGCGGAGCUGGACGCCCACGUGGUUUGCUACUUCGAUCGGCUUUUUCUCGAGGGCAAGGCGCCGUCGACAGGGGAGAAGCUCACUGCAGCGAUACAGUAUGUGGUGCCGGUGUACAAUGCCAAGGAUAUGAUGACCCUGCCCAGGGCGACGCGGUCGCUGCGGGGCUGGCGCCGCCUGGUGCCCAGGCGGACCCGCCGACCCCUGCCGUGGGAGGUGGUGGCCGCGAUCGCGGUGAACCUGCUGCGCAUGGAGGGACUGGGCAUGGCGCUGGCCUGGCUGCUGAUGGUGGACACCUACAUGCGGCCGGGAGAGUGCCUGGAUCUCAAGACCUCGCAGGUGCUCAGGGCAACGUCGCAGCGGCACAUGGCGUUGGCGGCCAUCCUGCUGCACCCCGCCGAGCACGGCCAGUCCAGCAAGGUGGGGGCGGUGGACGAGAGCCUUAUCGUGAGUCGCCCCUGGCUGUCGGACAUACUGAUGAUGUACGUGGACGCUCGCCCCAGCGGAAGCCCCCUGUGGAACUUCAGCCUGAAGCAGACGAGUGCGAGCUUCAUCACCGUGUGUGGCGUGGUAGGCAUCAGCUACCUGAAGCCCGUCCUGCACAUGGGGCGGCACGCGGGUGCCAGUCUGGAUCGACUCCACAACCGCCUCGACCUCGCCGAAGUACAACGUCGGGGAAGAUGGAGGAGCAUGGCGUCGGUCAGGAGGUACGAGAAAAUGGCCUUGGUGCAGGACGUCUACAACAAGCUGGACCAGCGCAGCCGUCUCAUGUGCACCAGGUGUGCACUCGAGCUCGAGGCAACCAUGCUGAGAGCCGGCAAGCAGCUUCGCGCACACCGAGGCGUGCCGCCAGGAAAGGCUUCUUCGCGAUUGAAGUUUUCAGCGGGUGUGGCAGCUUCAGUCGAGCCGCGAGACGGAGGGGGAUCGAUGCGUUCGCUUUCGAUAUUUUGCAAGGCCCGCAGGGUGAUGUCACACGUGUCAGUGUACAACGGCGCAUCCGAAGGUUGA